AUGAAUAAACAUUGUACAUCAUGUUUUCAUCGUCAUCACAUUGACAGUGUUCGUUCGUCUGAUUGUUCUCAACAAAUUGAUGAUUCACAACAUUUGUUAAUCAAUAAUCAACCAGAGUGUCAUCAUCAUCGAAAUAAUCACAAUAGUAGUUUAAUCCAACAUGAUCAAUUGAUUAAAUCAACAAGUACAGCUGCUUUUCGAAAACGACGUACAGUAAUACCUUCUAAUCAUCAUCAACGAUUACAAUCUUUGUCAUUUUCAACUCUUCUUAUUUUAAUUCGUUUAUUGAUAUUAUUUAUUAUUGGUUUUACACUUUAUUAUGCUUUUAUUUAUAUUUAUCCAAAACCUAAAAGAAACGGAUGGGAACGAGUUUGGUAUACAAUAAUUGAUUGGCUUUCUGGAGAAUAA